CGUGCUCAACUCCAAGCUGGUGGGCAGGGAUCGGCAGCAAACCGAGGUAUAGUGGAAUUUUCUGAAAACUGGAAGCCACCAUGGCUCUGACAAGUGCUUUCAGGUCUGUUACCCACAUGCCUGGCUUGAUCAUCUGGAGAAUCGAGAAAAUGGAUCUAGUGCAGUUGCCACCGAAUGGCCACGGCAGCUUCUAUGAGGGUGACUGUUACGUUCUUCUCUCAACUCGCAAAUCAGGCAGUAAUCUGUCCUAUGAUGUCCACUACUGGAUUGGGAAAAGUUCCUCGAAAGAUGAGCAGGGCUGUGCUGCCAUCUAUACCACCCAACUGGACGAUUACCUUGGAGGGAUUCCCGUGCAGCACCGUGAGGUGCAGAGUUACGAGUCCGAGCUUUUCAAGGGCUACUUCAAACAAGGCAUCGUCUACAAGAAGGGGGGCGUGGCAUCCGGGAUGAACCAUGUGGAGACCAACGUCUACAGUGUCAAGAGGCUGCUGCAUGUGAAAGGCAAGAGAAAUGUCACAGCCACAGAGGUAGAAGUGAGCUGGGACAGCUUUAAUGUCGGCGAUGUGUUCCUACUGGAUCUUGGCAGAGUCAUUGUACAGUGGAAUGGGCCGGAAAGCAACAAACAGGAACGGAUGAAGGCUAUGCUCCUUGCUAAAGAUAUCCGUGAUCGAGAACGUGGAGGCCGGACGGAAAUCGGGGUGGUGGAAGGUGACGAGGAAGAUUCCAGUCCAGACUUGAUGAAGGUUUUGGAGACUGAACUUGGAGAAAGGCCCCAGGAACUCAAACCUGCCAUUUCGGAUGAAGCAUUAGAACAGCAACAGAGAAUCAGCAUCUCUCUCUAUCGUAUCUCAGAUGCUGAAGGGAAAAUGCAGGUCACAGAAGAAGCCAAACGGCCCCUUGAUCAGGAGAUGUUGAAUCACGAUGACUGCUACAUACUGGAUCACGGUGGCAUGAAAAUCUACGUGUGGAAAGGGAAAGGAGCCACUAAGGUGGAGAAGCAAACAGCCAUGUCUAAGGCCUUGGAAUUCAUGACGAUGCAAGGGUACCCUUACCGCACCAAUAUAGAAACUGUGCAUGACGGAGCGGAGUCAGCCAUGUUCAAGCAGCUGUUUCAGAAGUGGAUGGUCCAGGACCAGACAAUGGGGCUGGGAAAAACCUAUACAGUUGGCCAGAUUGCUAAGGUCAGCCAGGAGAAAUUUGACACCAGCCUCUUGCACUCUAGGCCGCAGCUGGCAGCCCAGGAGAGGCUGGUGGAUAAUGGAGAAGGAAAAGUUGAGGUCUGGAGGAUUGAAAACCUGGAGCUGGUGCCGGUAGAACACCAAUGGCAUGGAUUCUUCUACGGUGGAGACUGUUAUUUAGUCCUGUACACCUAUGAGGUGAACAAGAAGCCCCACUAUAUCUUGUACAUCUGGCAGGGUCGUCACUCCACAGUGGAUGAACUUGCGGCAUCUGCGUACCAUGCGGUCGAGGUGGAUCAGCAUCUCCACGGGGAGCCCGUCCAGGUCCGAGUAAGCAUGGGCAAGGAACCACGGCAUUUCCUGGCCAUCUUCAAAGGCAAGCUGGUAAUCUUUGAGGGUGGGACAUCCAGGAAGGGGAGCAGCGAACCAGAACCACCAGUGAGGCUCUUCCAGAUCCACGGAACCGACACCUCCAACACAAAAGCAGUGGAAGUACCAGCUUCUGCUGCCUCCCUCAACUCCAACGAUGUCUUCUUGCUGAAGUCGCAGACGGAGCACUAUUUGUGGUAUGGGAAGGGCUCCAGUGGCGAUGAACGGGAAAUGGCCAAGCUGCUUGCUACAACCCUCUGUGACGGGAUUCAAGAAACUGUUGUGGAAGGACAAGAGCCAGCAGAGUUUUGGGAGCUGCUUGGAGGCAAAGCCCCCUAUGCGAGUGGGAAAAGGUUGCAGCAAGAGGUUCUUGAUCACCCUCCUCGACUCUUCGAAUGCUCCAACAAAACUGGACGUUUUAUAGUCACCGAGAUUACGGACUUCAUACAAGAUGAUCUCAGCGAAAGUGAUGUUAUGCUGCUGGAUACAUGGGACCAGAUCUUCUUAUGGAUUGGCCAAGAAUCCAAUCAGGUUGAGAGGAAGGAAGCAUUGUCCACAGCUCAGGAAUAUCUCAAAACCCACCCCAGCGGGAGGGAUGUUGAUACCCCCAUCCUGAUAGUCAAGCAAGGCUUCGAGCCCCCCAAUUUCACAGGCUGGUUCUUGGCUUGGGACCCAUACCGAUGGAGUGAAGGAAAGACGUACGAACAGCUGAAGAAAGAACUGGGAGAUGUUGACAACAUUGUCCGAAUCACAACGGAUUUGAACAAUGCAUCCCUCAGUUCUCAAGUUACAAGCGGUGCCACCCACCCGACUUACCCUCUGGAGGUUCUUCUGAACUGCCCCGAUGAACUACCUGAAGAGGUGGACCCUGCAAAGAAAGAGAAUUUCCUCUCAGAAGAAGACUUUGUGAGAGUCUUUGGAAUGAACAGAGAUGAUUUUGCUGCUCUCCCAACCUGGAAACAGCUCAACCUGAAGAAAGAAAGAGGGCUUUUCUAAGGGGAAAAAAGCUGCCAUUUCUAAGGACGGAGAAAAGAGCUGUCCAGACUUAAUUCCGUUCAGCUUGGAACAGGCCCCCGGUCCAGAAGCAGCUUAGCCUACGACGGGAGCUAUCAUUUUUGCUUUCAACCACAUAUGACAAUUGUGCCUAAGUAUGCUUUGAAAGUUGCCCAGUCCUCUGUUUUGAGGCUGCUGCUGUCUAAAAUAAAAGGGGAAGAAUAUAUAACCUUCUGAGGUUGGUAUAUUGCUGGGGAAACUAACCAGGAAGAACUAAGCUGAAGCUCAGAAGAUAUAUUGGCAACACUCUGAGCUGAGGCCUCCUCCAUGCAAGUAAGCAGGUUACUCAGGAGCUGCUGGAAAUCCAAACUACACGGAGGCCACACGUGGCUGCUUAUUGUAUGUUAAUCGGGCCUAAGUUUAUGUAUUAUAAACAUUAAAACGGAUUAUCACUGUUGGGAAUA